UGUGCCUACUAUAUCGUUCCUCUCAUAACAACGAGAAGCACAAGCAGAAAGAGACGUAAAAUUAGCCAGCUCAUCGAGAGAUAUUCUACCUAAAAAAAAUAUUUGACAGAGAGAGGGAGAGGCUAAUCUAGUAUUCAAUGAGACCAAAAGGAAACCAGGGUACGAUGCCACUUAGUAGCUUCUUCUUAGUUCUCAGUUUCUAAAUUCGAACUUUAUUUCUUGCACGUGUUUCCAACCCCCACUAGUAUUUAACAAGACCGGAUCGAAGGGGGAACAACCAGACAUACAUCCGGCCCUCUUCAGUCUUCAGUCUUCAGUCUUCAGUCUUCAGUCUUCAGUCUUCAGUCUUCAGUCUUUCUCACCCACAUUGAUAGAUUCAGAAAAUCAUGGCAACUAGUACUUGGUUUCCCUCCUUCCUUGUCUGGUUGCUGCUCUUCCUUGUCGCAACUCCUUGCCGGAGUCUGACCCAUGCCGCUGGGGGCGGAGGCAAAUGGGACCUCCUUCAGCAAAGCAUCGGCAUAUCCGCAAUGCACAUGCAGCUACUUAACAACGACCGAGUCGUCAUAUUCGAUCGAACCGACUUCGGCGAGUCGAAGCUGCCAUUACCCGACGGAAAGUGUCGGAACGACCCCAAUGACACCGUUCUCACUGUUGACUGUACAGCUCACUCCGCCGAAUAUGAUGUGUUGUCUAAAUCCAUACGGCCUCUCAUGGUCCUAACUGAUGUCUGGUGCUCCUCCGGCGCGGUUUCCCCAGAUGGGCGUCUCAUCCAAACUGGUGGAUUCAAUGACGGUGACCAUGCUGUCAGGAUUUUCACCCCGUGCAAUGGCUGUGACUGGCAGGAGAACAGCUCCGGACUCCUUGCUCGACGAUGGUACGCCACCAACCAUAUAUUACCCGACGGCCGCUCUAUCAUUAUCGGUGGACGUCGUCAAUUCAACUAUGAAUUUUACCCAAAAUCCUCGUCCACUAACAUCCUAUUCUCUCUCCCGUUUUUAUCCCAAACGAAUGAUCCCAAGAUAGAGAACAAUCUCUAUCCCUUUGUUCAUCUCAACGUCGACGGUAACUUGUUUAUUUUCGCCAAUAACCGCGCAAUUCUACUGGACUACACCAAAAAUGCAGUCGUGAAAACGUUCCCGCAAAUGCCCGGCGGUGAUCCAAGGAGCUACCCGAGUACGGGUUCCUCCGUUCUUCUCCCAUUGAAGAACUUACAGCAAUCAUCCGUCGAAGCUGAAGUUCUGGUAUGCGGUGGCGCGCCAAAAGAUUCCUACGUUCAAGCGAAAAAAGGAAAAUUCGUCAGAGCCUUGGACACAUGCGGGAGAAUCAAAAUUACCGAUGCGUCGCCGGAUUGGUCCAUGGAGACAAUGCCGCUGGCAAGAGUCAUGGGAGAUAUGCUUUUACUUCCUAAUGGCCAUGUCCUUAUAAUCAAUGGUGCUUCAUCUGGGACUGCCGGGUGGGAAUUGGGCCGAGAACCAGAACUCAAACCGGUCAUUUACAGACCAGAUAACCCAUCAGGGUCAAGGUUCGAAGUACAAAACCCGUCCUCCACACCGCGUCUCUACCAUUCUACUGCAAUCCUACUUCGGGAUGGACGAGUUCUCGUCGGUGGUAACAACCCACAUAGGUAUUACAAUUUCACCGGCGUCCUUUAUCCAACCGAUUUAAGCUUGGAGGCGUUCUCACCGGAUUACUUGGACUCCAAAUUUUCGACUUUACGGCCAAAGAUUCUGUCUCCGGGAUCUCAAGCUCAACUAAGUUAUGGGCAGCGAUUAUCAGUAAGGUUCUCGGUCUCGGGUGCAUUAAACGACAAAUGGGUGUCGGUUACGAUGGUGUCUCCGUCGUUCACAACGCAUUCAUUCUCCAUGAACCAGAGGUUGUUGGUUCUGGAUGGUGGAAAGGUGACGCCGGUGUCGAGCUCGGUGUACGACGUGGAGGUGACGGCACCCAACUCAGGUUUUCUGGCACCUUCGGGCUAUUAUCUUUUGUUUGUGGUUCAUCAAGAAAUUCCCAGCGAGGGCAUCUGGGUUAACAUUAAGUGAUGGAUAGAGCUUCAAUUCAUGCAUAGAUAUGGUAUUAAUUUGUUUGAACAUAUUAAUUUGAUAUAGGAUCGUAAGAUCCAUAAAAGGUGUGGUGUGGGUAGAAAAUUAAGCCAGAGCUUAUGUAUGAAAAAAAUCGUUUUUACUUUUUAUGUCCAUUGAUCAUCAGUUAGCUCAGGUUAUAAAAAGAAAAAACAAACCAGUCACUUUCCCAAGGUCAUACUCCACACAGAAAAUCUGGUAAAAGACAGUUCUCAGACUUCCUUACCAGUUAUUGUUUGGGAAUUGGGAUUCACUCCUUUCUUUUCUUUGCAGUUAUUAUCUUUCUAAAUUGUUAAGGGACAACUGCUUCAACUAUUUAUGGUGUUUCUGA